UCGGGCGCAACAGCCGCAGCGGCGCGUCCUCCGGCUCCGCCCGGCGUCCUCCCAUGGCCGGUGCCUGCUCCUGGCUUCCAGCCGCGCCCUAGACCGCUCGGCUCCGGCCCGUCCCAGCGCCCGGGGGAGGAAGGAGCGAGGAUGGGCACGGUGCUGUCCCUCUCCCCCCCCGCCGCCUCGGGCAAGGGCGGCGGGGGGCCCCUGGCGCAGGAGGCUGCCCCGGCCAGGGCGCACGGGAAAGGCGAGAGCCGGCUCAAGCGGCCCGGGGUGCUGAUCUCCGCCCUCACCUGGAAGCGCCUGGUGGCCGCCUCGGCCAAGAAGAAGAAAAGCGCCAAGAAGGUGACCCCCAAGCCGGGCAGCGGGGGGGGCCAGCCCGACCCGCUGGUGCAGCAGCGCAACCGCGAGAACCUGCGCAAGUCCCUGGGGGCGCAGCAGGAGGCGGGCGCGCCCGGCACCAAGCCGGGGCCCCUGGCCGUGCCGGUGCCCACGGUGCCCGCCGCCCCGCCGGAGCUGCAGUCGGGCGGGGUCAAGCCACCGCCGCCCCCGCCGCCGCCGCCGCCCCCCAGCCGCGCCCCGGGCUCCCCGCGCCGGGUCAUCGUCCAGGCCUCCACCGGGGAGCUGCUGCGCUGCCUGGGGGACUUCGUGUGCCGCCGCUGCUACCGCCUGAAAGAGCUGAGCCCCGGCGAGCUCAUCGCCUGGUUCCGCAGCGUGGACCGGGCGCUGCUGCUGCAGGGCUGGCAGGACCAGGGCUUCAUCACCCCGGCCAACCUGGUGUUCGUGUACCUGCUGUGCCGCGAGGCGCUGCGGGGCGAGGAGAUCGGCAGCCAGGGCGAGCUGCAGGCCGCCUUCCUCACCUGCCUCUACCUGGCCUACUCCUACAUGGGCAACGAGAUCUCCUACCCGCUCAAGCCCUUCCUGGUGGAAGGCGACAAGGAGCGGUUCUGGGAGCGCUGCCUGGCCCUCAUCCAGCGCCUCAGCGCCAAGAUGCUGCAGAUCAACUCGGACCCGCAUUACUUCACCCAGGUCUUCCAGGACCUCAAGAGCGAGGGGGAGGCCGGCGGCAGGAGGGACUCGGGCGCCAAGCACUGGACUAUCAGCCUGGACCGCUAGGAGGUACCUGGGGCCCCCACCCCCGCCGCGGAGCUGCCGGACUUCGCUUCCCCCCAGCAUCGCCCGCCGGAGCCGCCGCCAAAACCUGCUCGCCCUGGAGCUGCCGAGGAGGCGGUGAAGACAGGGCCCGUCGGCGGGGGGAGGGGCACUGCCGGUUCGCAUCUCCGGGGGGGGACAGGAGACCCUAAACCAUCAACCAAUGUCUUGGCUGCUGCUGCCUUCCC